AUGCAGCCCAUGCAGCCCAUGCAUCACGCGCAGAGCAUGCAACCGAUGCACGGGCAGCCCAUGCACAUGCCUCACGGGCAGCCCAUGGUGCACCAGAUGCCGAUGCAGGCACCUGCGUAUCAUCAUGCAGCUACGGCGCAGUAUGGCUCACAGCCAUUCGUCGCUGCGCGCCCGCAGCAAAGCUACGGCUUCGUUGCUCAGGUGCGGUUCUGGGGGCCGGCGCCGGGCCAACCACACUUUACCUUCUACGGUGCUGCGCCCGGCGCCGGGUUCGGCCAAAUGCCGCCCUCGGGGAGCCUGGCGCCGGGGUAUGGCACAGGUGCUUUCCCCCUGCCGCCGGACAACAGCAUCAUCCAGCCACAGGCAGCCGCGGCCGCGGCCCCAAAAGCAGAGUCCUCCUCCAGCGAAUACGAGUCCGACUCCGAGGGUGAAGCGGGCGCAGCGCCCGAGGCAACAGAGCGGCCUGCGGUGCAGAUCACGUCUGUGGCGGAAAGCACUCCUCCAGGUGCGGUGCCGCCGUCCGUGUCCGUGGCACCAUCGGUCACCCCCUCCAUGCCAAUGUCCGAGAGGGUAGGCCCUGAGGAUUCCCUGAACAACGCCUAUCACACCUACGAUGGCGCCGCUCGUGCCCAGGACGAUGUCAACCUGCAGACGCGCCUGUCCAAGGCCAACGAGGCGCUGAUGCUGCCACGCCCUGCCAAGCCUACGGAUGAGCACCUGGACCAGGUGCUCUUCGCCCACGGGUACCAAGUGGCCCGGGAAACGCCCCCGAAGCGCGCCGGCAUGCCGGCGGGGGCGCUGGGCAAAGGUGCCUUUGGUGUGGUGUACAAGGGCAAGCGCCGAAUCGACGGCGAGGAGGUGGCGCUCAAAGUCUCAGAGAACGCCUCGGCCACUGAGCCCAUGUUGGCACAGGAAGUCAACAUCCUGAAGAUGCUGGACCACCCCAGCAUCGUCAGGUUCCACGAGGCCUUUGUGGACAAAGAGAGCGACUGGAUGAUCCUCGCCUUGGAACUGGUGUCGGGUGGGGAUCUCCUCUCCUCCCUCACCGGGGAGCCUCAGGUCUAUGAGGAGAGCCUGGUGAGACCCAUGAUUUUCCACAUCGCUUGUGCGCUGGCUCAUGCCCAUGAGCUGGGGGUGGUGCACCGGGAUCUCAAGCCCGAGAACAUCCUCCUGCGGCAAGGUGACCGAUUUCCCAAGGUGGCGGACUUCGGCUUGUCCAGGUCUCUGAGGAGCUCUGAGAUGGCCAUGACGGUGGCCGGCACGCCCACCUACAUGGCCCCCGAGAUCCAGGACCCUCGCCUACCCUACGACUUCCCUGCGGAUGUCUACUCCUUGGGCUGCAUCCUCACUGACAUGAUGGACCAUAAUUAUUGCUGCAGCUGGUACGCGCAGGCGGCGCCGGGGGGCUGCGAGAAGAUGCGGAAGAGGUGGCCAGAGGGGACCAGCGCUCCCGACUUCUCCACAGAGCUGAAGCAGCUGCAAGGUGCCAUGAUCGGGCAGGCUCCAGGUCUGCGGCCGAGCUGCUACCAGAUCUGCAAUGACAUGCUCACCCUGGCAGAGAGGAAUGUCCUGCCCCACGUGCUCUGGCAGGAGGCGCCGAAGUUUCCCAACGGCCCGCCGCUGCAAAAGAUGCUGAGCCCUGAGAUGGCGGCAGACAUUGCAGGCCGAGGCGGCUACGGAGUGGGUGUGCGCGUGCUGGUUCUGAUGGAUGGCCAGUGGCUGCAGGGCCAGGUGAAGCACGUCUCCGCGAGCGUGUGCCCCGGGGCAGUUCAGGUGCACUUCACGCGUGCCGGCGAAGAGCAGGCGGCCCUGAUUUGCCCCUGGCAGUUCCAAGAGAUGCUGCGCCCGGCGCCUGCUACAGCCAUGGAGGAGCAUGGAAGGAUCAACACCAUGAUCUUCCCUGACGAGGCUGAGAAGCCUCCGGAGAGGAAGGAGGAGGGACAGGCUUUGUCGGAGAGUCCCACCAGGACCCCGGUCUCGGGAAAAGGCAAGGCUGGCCUCAAAGAGGCACCAGUGGCGAAGCAAAAGUGUCAGCCUGGCUGCCGGCAGCAGUAA